UUGAAUGUGAAGCGGCACCAGAGGUUUUUCCUGCUCUCCUCUCCUCCUCCUCCUCCUCCUCCCCCUCCUCUCACCUCCAACAUGACUUCACUGUCGGGGACUAAGGAGAGGUCUGUGAGCAGCCGGAGCAGAAAAUAUGGGAUGCCUGACACUUCUCCGACCAAAUCUGCGUCCAUUUUCCCGGACACAUGGUACCGAAAGGCCUAUGAAGAAACCACCCGCUCCAGCACGCGCCCCGCCCCAGAAGGUGCUGGCUCCAUGCCCAGCUCCACGGGCACACCGUCCCCAGGCUCAGGAAUCUCUUCACCGGGAUCCUUCUCCGGAUCACCGGGCACCAUUUCCCCAGGGAUCGGGACAGGAUCGCCGGGGUCUCUGGGCGGCUCCCCAGGGUUUGGUACGGGAUCACCAGCGUCUGGCAGUGGGAGUUCCCCUGGUAGUGAAAGAGGUAUAUGGUGUGAAAACUGCAAUGCCCGGCUGACAGAGUUAAAACGACAAGCACUGAAACUGCUCAUCCCUGGACCUUACUCUAGCAAGGAUCCCUCAUUCUCACUCCUUCUACACGAUAAGCUUCAGGUGCCCAACAGCUCCCGACGAGCGUGGAACGAGCGUGACAGCCGCUGUGACGUCUGCUCCACUCACCUCACUCAGCUCAAGCAAGAGGCUGUGCGGCUGGUCCUGACUCUUGACCAGUGGGAUUUGUCUCCCACCUCUUCCCCUCCGGCUCUGAUUGGACGAUAUGGAUCUCAAGGACCUCCGGGUCCAGUCGGAGCAUCUGGAACACCGGGAGGUUCUGUGUCACGUGACUGGCCUGCUCCCUUCCUUCCCUUCUCCUCCUCCUCAGCCGUUUCAAACCCUCCUCACCCAUCCUCCCAAUCCCCAUCUCCAAGCCCCAGCCAGACACCAACUCCCAGCCCGAGCCAUGGAGCAUCCACCCCCAGCCAUGGGAGUCCCUCUGUGGGACAACCAUCCUGCUGUGCUCCCACAAACCUGCAACCUCAAGGUGCAGGACACAGGCUGGGGUCUAAGCCCAGCUCCUUGGGUCUUGGUGGUGGGGUAGACAGAAGAAACGGGUCCCCCAGUUCAGGAAAAGCAAGUGGUGGCCAACAGCAACCAGGGACUGGAGUAAACAGCCCCAGCAACAACGGUGGUAGCAGCAGCAAUAACGGGAGUGGAUCGGUACUGAGCACAGCAGCUCUGCAGGCACAUCAGCACCUGAACCGAACUAACGGAGGAGUUACACUCUAUCCAUAUCAGAUUUCCCAGAUGAUCUCGGAGGCCUCCAGAGACGAACUGACUGAAGCUGCCCUGAACCGCUACAACACACACUCUCCCUCCCACACAAAUUCAUCAUCACAUACAAACUCUCCCUCUCACGCUCCAGCUGUUACCACCACAGCGUCAACCGCCACCUCUGCUGCAGCCUCUUUCUUUGCCAGAGCUGCACAAAAGUUGAACUUAGCAUCAAAGAAGAAGAAGCAGAAGUCGGCCGCGGUCACGGCCCCAGUGACAUCAUCGUCGCCAUCAUGUGACCCUCCUCUGUUCCCCACUAAUUUCAGCGCUGCUCUGUUGGUGGCCCCUCCCCCAGCUCCACCAUGCCUCCUCCGUGCAGCCAACAAGAUCAAAGACACCCCUGGACUUGGAAAGGUGAAAGUGAUGAUGCGCGUUUGCCCGGUGUCUCAGUCCGACGCAGCUGAGUCCAGCUCCUUCCUCAAAGUGGAUCCCAGGAAGAAACAAGUCACCAUCAUGGACCCUUCAGCAAAUCAAACACCAAGCGCUGCUUCCCAGAAAAGGGCGGGAGCCAAUCAGGUCCCUCCGAAGAUGUUCACCUUUGACGCUGCCUUCCCUCCUGAUGCAUCACAGGCGGAGGUGUGCGCAGGAACGGUUGCUGAGGUUAUUCAGUCUGUGGUGAAUGGAGCAGAUGGCUGCGUCUUCUGCUUUGGACACUCCAAGCUGGGUAAAUCCUACACAAUGAUUGGCCGCGACGACUCUCUGCAGACUCUGGGUAUAAUCCCCUGUGCCAUCUCCUGGUUGUUUAAGCUCAUCAAUGAGAGAAAGGAGAAAACUGGGGCACGCUUCUCUGUCCGCGUCUCUGCUGUGGAGGUCUGGGGAAAAGAGGAGAAUCUGAAGGACUUGCUGUCUGAAGUGGCUACAGGCAGUUUACAGGAUGGACAGUCACCUGGAGUCUACCUGUGUGAGGACCCCAUCUGUGGCAUGCAGCUCCAGAACCAGUCUGAACUCCGAGCUCCGACCCCAGAAAAGGCAGCCUGGUUCCUGGAUGCAGCCAUAGCAGCUCGCCACAGCAGCCAACGCCCCAACACCACAGAAGAAGAACACAGGAAUUCACAUAUGCUGUUUACGUUGCACAUAUACCAGUAUCGCAUGGAGAAGACGGGCAAAGGCGGGAUGUCUGGAGGUCGCAGCCGCCUCCAUCUCCUGGAUCUGGGCAGCUGCGACGUCAAAGCUCUUGGCGGAGGAGGAGGUGGUGGGAAGAGCAAGGAGAACUCUUCGCCCAGCUCGGCCCCCCUGUGCCUUUCUCUGUCCGCCCUGGGCAACGUGAUCCUGGCCCUGGUCAAUGGGAGCAAACACAUUCCGUACAAGGACAGCAAGCUGACCAUGUUGCUAAGGGAGUCGCUAGGCAACAUGAACUGCCGGACCACCAUGAUUGCUCACAUCUCUGCCUCACCCAGAGAUUUCUCAGAAACCCUUUCCACCAUCCAGAUUGCUUCCCGGGUCCUCCGCAUGAAAAAGAAGAAAACUAAAGUCACUGUGCAAUACACAUCCAGCUCCUCUGGAGGAGAAAGUUCCUGCGAGGAGGGUCGCAUGCGUCGCCCAACCCACCUGCGACCCUUCCAUCACCGUGGUGACACUGACUCCGACCUGCCACUGCUACGGCUGUCCAGCGACCCUGACGAAUACUCCAGCAGCGAACAGUCAUGUGACACAGUGAUCUACGUGGGCCCGAAUGGAGCCGCGGUGUCGGACAGAGAGCUGACAGACAACGAGGGGCCGCCAGAGUUUGUGCCAAUUAUUCCCGCUUUGCUUCGAGGUAAAACGUCAGAGCAGCAUCAAACACAGAGGCAGACGGCUGGUGCACACAACAAGGUGCAGCCUCAGCCAGAUGAUCUGCCCAGCGGCCCCUCUCAGCCCCUGUUGCAGCCGUCUCAGUCACUCCUUGGUCAGCCGUUGGCCCCCGUCCCAGAGGAAGGAGCUGAAUGUCUAAAGUGCAACACCUUUGCUGAGCUGCAGGAAAGACUGGAUUGCAUUGAUGGCAGUGAAGAGGUGGCAAAGUUUCCCUUUGAAGAAGUUGCAGCGAACAAACAAGGAGUCAAACAAGAGCCAUGUCCACCUUCCUGUGUUCAAACCUCUGCCACUGCUCCUGGCUCUGCAGCUGUGUUGGACACAGAAGUCAAAACAGGUUCUGCAUGUGCAGUAGGAGAUGCAGUUCAGUUCUCCUUCUCCUCAGCAACGGCAGCCCCUAAGAGGAGGACCAAUGACCAGCAGCUGCAGGAGAUCAAGGAGGUGGUGGAGGAGGCAGAGCUGGCCCAGACGAUGAUCCAUAACCUGGCUCAGAGUUCUGGGUGCCCCAUAGUUACUAGUACCAGGAGCGUUACAGGGAGCAGCAGCAUCACAACUACCCCCCUGCACAGGGCCAAGAGCACCCACCUACACGACAGCCGUGAGAGUCUAAAUGUGGCAGGUAGUGGUGCUGAGGGGAAGGCACGCUCUCUAGGAUCACCACGCCUCGGCAUUGCCAGCCUGACCAAAACUUCAGAGUAUAGGCCUCCGUCCUCACCAUCCCAGCGGUGUAAAGUGUACACCCAGAAGGGCGUGAUGCCAGCAACACCCCCCCUGUCCUCCCACACUCUGGCUCAGGACAGCCAGGCCACAGAUGCUCUGCCUUCAGACAACAGUUUGGCUGCAGACAGUGGCCGCUCCUCCACAGAAUCCCCACUGUCCAGGACUUCUCCUGUGGGUAUGAGUCCACAGGUCCGAGAGCCAACUCCUUCUCUGUCUGCCAGCCUGGGCUCAGCUGAGACACUUUGUGACGACGACGUACCGCCAAUACCUUUGGACACGCACAAGGAUGCCUCAUCAGGAUUAUCUGUAGGAACAGUUGGACCUCUUUUGCUUGGUGAAGAUGAGCUGGUUUACACGUUGGCUUCUGAAGUUGAGGAAAACCUCGAUGUCACAGCUCUCAUUGAGAGUCAGGGCCCGGCCUGUCGACCAACGAGCAUCAUCAGCUUCAACAGUGACUGUGGCCCAGCAACUGCCCUCACUACAGGCUCUCAACACAUCAGCAUCAUCACUGCUUCAGAUAGAGCUAUAGAGGAUUAUCACAUGCCUGCAGCAACCUCAGGGGUUACAGAGGUUGUUGCAAUGGCAGAGGUGGCUAUGGCCAAACUGCGGAUAGAGGGCGAAGCCUUAGCCGCAGGGAUGUCUAACUGUGGUUCACCCAUCUCCUCCUGGAUGAGCGAUCUGAGCAUGGGCAGUGAAGCAGACCAGUCUCUCCACAGUUUCAGUCAAACUCAAAGCCAGCAAGGAGAGGCACUGGCUGAUCCUGAACCAAGCCAGAGCUUUGGAGUCGAGGGACUGGCUGGUUAUGAAAGCAGUGGCAGCCCGAGGAGAGGGAGUCUGGAGGGAGGACUGGUGCUGUCAGACAACCUGAAUGAUAAGGGCACUCCAACCAAAGACCGGCUCAAGAAACUGCCUCCUUCUAUGGCUAAAACUAACAUUCAAAUUCUAGUAGGACAGGGCAAUUUCUCACCUUUCAAGAGCACCGUCAGUGUUCACCCAUGCGUGGUUGUUAAACCCAUGGUCCUGCAGGAACCCACCAUUCUCUCCUCACCUACAAAGACCAACCUAAUGAAAGACCCAGUCAAACCCAAUGUGGCACUUUUAGCUUCUAUGUCCAGCGAGAUGAGCUUUGAAGACCCCUGGCUGAAGCGGGGCUUCGAGGAGGGAAGUUCUUCGGAGCUUGUGUGUGAAAUGAAGCCAGAGAGAGAGGUGGAGCAUUUAAAGAGCCACUUAGGAGAAAAGUCUGGAGGUGGGAAUGGAGACAAUCGGAGCUUCUGCAAAGAUGGUGGAGAUUAUGGCAGCUCCAGUUCAGGGGGUGAGGUGGUGUCAUCUCCAGAUUCACUUAAGAGAGUGGUCGACGGUUGUGAGAUGGUCGCUGUUGUCGCCCAAGGGGAAUGCCUGACUAGUAUUUACAGCCCAGAGAUCCAUCGCACAGCCAGUCUUCCCCGUGGGUGGCACCGUCUCAACCGCCAUGAUGGCUUAGACAGUGGAACUGAGUACCGUAACCUUGGGGUCACCACUUCAACCCCCUGUAGUCCCCGCGCCACACUUGACCGCUGGGGAUCAACUGGAAAACAGGGAUUUUUGUCCCACAAGAAAGGCGGAAUCCCACCACUGCCACCGGUGCGAAAGUCCAGCCUUGACCAACGCAACAGAGCAGCCAGCCCUCUACACCAACCCACUCAUGGAGCGUUAGCACUGGGAAAUUCAACAGAUGAUGCAGGAAUAUCUGGAUGUGGCUCUGCAGGAGCCAUCAGACAGCGUGGCUCCAGUAUAGACAGCAGUAGGCUUUUCAGCGCCAAAUUAGAACAACUUGCCAACAGAACCAACUCUCUGGGCCGCGUCCACACUUCACACAGUGGUUCCCACCACUAUGACUGCUUCUCCCUUGAGAGAGGCGAGAGCCUCAGAGGGAUUGGAGGAUCGAGGGGGGAAAGCACCAUGCCUCGUACUGGACGCAGUCUCACCCGUGCUGGAUCAGUAUCUUCUCCCACUGGAAACACCAGCAAUUUCAGUGGUAGCUCCAGUUCAAGCAGUGCCCCCCAAUCACCCGCCAAGAGCAAUGGCCAAUCCAAGAUCUCAGCCGUCAGUAAGCUGCUGAUGACCAGCAGUCCCAAGACCAGGAGCCUGUCUGCCUCCAGCACCAAGACUCUAAGCUUCUCCACCAAGUCUUUAAGUCAGACUUCCAGUCGUAGCUCCAGCCUUCCUCCUAAUGGAAAGCCUCAGAGUUCAGUCCAAGUACCUCUGCAGCAGCAGGCACCUGCUCCUGGAUCCUGGUCUACUCAGUCUCUGAGCCGCAGUCGUGGGGGAAGCCUGGCUGCCAAAUUGCCUCUGCGGGCUGUUAACGGUCGUAUCUCAGAGCUCCUCCAGGGAAGCGCUGGCUCACGUUCCAGGGGUCAUGCCCAGGGAGGUGGCUCAGAGUCAACAGAGGAAAGAGGUGGAGCAAGUGGAGGAGGAGCUGGAGCAGGAGGAGGUGGAGGAGAUAGUACGGGAGAGGAGAGGGCAGCAGUGGUACAAACACUGCCCUCUCCCUAUAGCAAGAUCACAGCUCCCCGAAAACCACACCGCUGCAGCAGCGGCCACGCCAGUGACAACAGCAGUGUACUGAGUGGUGAGCUCCCCCCGGCCAUGGGGAAGACGGCCUUGUUUUACCACAGCGGAGGCAGCAGUGGCUAUGAGAGCAUGCUAAGAGACAGCAGCGAGAACACAGGGAGCACCUCCUCUGCUCAGGACUCCCUCAGCGAGCACAGCUCAGCCACCACCUCCUCCCGGCGGAGCUCCAAGAGCAGCAAGAAGAGCAGGAGCAACACAGGGCUCCAGCGUCGUCGUCUGAUCCCAGCACUGACCUUGGACUCUUCAUCUUCAUCAUCACCUUCUCACCGCUCCUCCAAACAGGCCAUCACCUCCUCCUCUUCCUCCUCCUCCAGCCCAGGGGCAUGCUGGGUAGACGGCCCACUGGGGCCCCCUGCACCUUCGAACCUCCGGGCCGCGGUGACAACAACAGAGACCUUUGAAAUCAAGGUGUAUGAGAUAGACGACGUCGAGCGACUUCAGAAGAGGAAGGACAAGGGAGGGAGCAAGGAGGUGGUCUACGUCAGUGCCAAGCUCCGUCUGUUGGAGCACCGCCAGCAGCGCAUCAGUGAAGUCAGAGCCAAGUACCAGUGUCUGAAGAAAGAACUGGAACAAACCAAACAGUACUUGAUGCUGGAGCCACACAAAUGGACCACUGAGUUUGAGCUGCAGCAGCCCUAUGAAGCCGACUCACUGGAGUACCUGGAAGCUCUGGAAACGGUGACGGACAAAUUGGAAACCAGGGUGAACUUCUGCAAAGCCCACCUCAUGAUGAUUACCUGCUUCGACGUGUCCACAAGACACCGGUAGACAGAUGGAGGGGCGGAGACCUGGAGGACGGAGAGGUAGACACACAGCCAGACUCAAAAAGACAUUGAUGUAAAGACCUUUUAAAUAGAUUAAUAAAACGUGUUAAAUGUCUCUUUAACAAACAAACGUCGUUGGAGGACUGGACAGCUGGAAGGAAGGACACAUCGCCAAACUGAUACAUGUCACCCUAAAGUCUCCUCUGGAUGGAUGUGUGGAACGGACAUGCACUGAGAUACCAAACGGACCAAAAGACUAUUGCGUUGGGUUUUGGUAACAGCGUCAGAAUCAGAUAUGAAAUAGCAUCAUAUGGACUUUGAAUAACGGCUGCCCAGGCAGUCUGAAAACAUCAGACAAAUAGAACAAGACAACUGGACUGCAGAGACACCUCCCAGCUGAAUGUUCAAGAGUGAAAUGAAAAUAGCAAAAGAGGGAGGGUCUGAAAAAACUGCCAUUUUUUUUUCUAAGCAGUGAAGGAUGAAGAAGAGGUGCAAGAGAAGACAAUUUCUCAUCUGACAUCGUUUUGGAAGAGCACUUUUUAGAGUACUACACAAUGGCCUGGUAUUUUUGUGCCGUACAUAAAAGAGACUGACCAAGAAAAAGACUGGAGGACGAAGAAAAUGAUUUAGUGCCUUGUGAACAUUUCAACAAUACUGAGACCAAUUCCCUUUCUCUCUCUGAAUUUGUGUACACGCAGUAAGUAUGGUGCUAGCAUAGAACAAAUAAUAAAAAAAAAAAAUACCCACAAAACGUUCUUGGUCCUGAAAACGAUUUUCACGUAUAUUCAUUAAAUGUGAUGUUUCACUGUGGGUCAGUGUUUCACUAUAUAAUGAACUAAUUAUGUGUGUUUCAAUGUAUUGUCUUUGGUACAUUGAUGAAACUAAAUUAAAAAUGAAAGCUUAAAAAAAUAAAAACUUAAAGGAGACCAACGGAGAAGCAACACCAAGUCAACGAAACCGUAAUAAGGACCAAAUUUAAGGACACACGCGAUUUUUGUCAUGUGUGUUUAGAUACAGAGAAAAACAAAACAAAACAAAGCAAAACACUAGUUUCUUGUGGUGUUGUUUUUUUCCCUUGACUUCACUCACAAACAAAGCACAUCUGAAUUUUGACCCUCUGGGGUGUAUUUCCCUUGAUACAGACGUGAUGGCUUUUUCAUGUUCACGAAACAAUGAGAUGUCUGAGUCACACAGGAGUGGAAGUGAAAAUGUUCCUCUCUGAUCCAGUGUUAAGUACAUCCAUCACCUGAGUGACAGGCGGACUGUCUGUUGUUUGUAUCCGUGUUGUUCUGCUCUAUUCUAAAGAGAAUGAUUUGUCAAUGUGUGUGUUUUAUAAUAAGGUAUCCUUUGUUUUUUAUUUGAGUGCAAUGGGACCAUGUAGAAUCUAUGUAAGAUAAAGGAAAUAUAAAGAGAUAUUUAAAAAAAAAAAAAAAAAAAAAAAAGACUACACAGACUUUAUGCCUGUGUUAUUGGAACAAAGUAGUGAAAUUAGGGUGAAAUCUGUUUAAGUGGUUCCAGUAUUGUGUGCCAACGUUAUCAAGGAACAAUUAAGAAAAAAAAUAUAUAAAUAAAGUGUGAAAGAAAAAGAAAGAAAGUUGAUGACCAUAUUAAAAGGCAUAGAUCUCUGCCUGGUUCCAUUUUUUUUGGAUCGAUAGCAACUUAAGAUUUGUUAAUAUUAUUAUCUAUGGUGCUUGAGAUGUUUAUGAUCUAAAUGUUUGUACAAUUAUAAAUAUAUGAACGAGCCUGUUUCCCUCUGAAAUACACAACACUACCCUUCACGUGCUUCUUCUACAUCGCUGUCAUCCCGUCGUCUGUCGUCUUGAACAUCACGGCUCUCUCCUCUGAGUGGCUCUGACUCUGAGGCGAAAGGAGGAACAGACGCUGAGUUUAGAAGAGUGGAAAUGCUGUAAUGAUACCACGAUUUGUCAAAAGCGCUCACGUUAUCUCUCUGCUGUGAGCACGAAUUCCACUUUGUUUCCGUGACAGAAACAGAAACUCUGAGAGUUUUUUUUUUAAGGUUUUUUUUUUUAUAUAUAUCUCUGCACUGAUGUGUAAAGGGGUAACAGGUAUUAGUUUAACGUGCUACAGGGACGGCCGUGACGCGAUCUAGCGGAAAAUUACCCCAGAAACAAUUUUGACAAACUGCUCUCGUGAAGUGUUUUCACUGGAGGCAGACAGAGUGACACCUCUGACCAGUUUCCCGUUCUUAUCUCCCAGUUCACGGUCACGAAUGAGAGUUUAUUUAUUUGAGCUCAAGAGCGCGAAGUCGCUGAUUAACGUCCUUUAUUUAUUUUACAUCUUAUGAUCUUAAAGAAUUACUAUGCAUUUCAGAAAAAUAACUGUACAUACUUUUCUGAGCCCAUGCCAUCUAUAAAUAUAUAUACUGUGCACAUAUCAUAUAUGCGCUCAUUUUUAUUUCAUGUAUCUUUUUUGUAGUUUUCAUUUGCUCCUCUUGUUUUUCCUCCCGGGGCUUUUAAUGGGUUUGGGGUUCCUGAAAACAGUCACAUCCUGUGUAGUUAUGUGGAAACAGCACUAUCAUUUGACCAAAUCAGGGCCAGGACUUUAAAAUAGGGGUUUAAUCUUUUACAGGUGAAGAAGGAAACCAUUUAGUGUGUUGUUCUAGGUGAUAUGGCUGCAUGUACUGCAGCGCUAACUACAGCCUAGCUAAUUAGAAGUGAGUGUUUUGGGAAACCUGACCUUUGGACGAGCUGAUGGCGUGUACUUGUUUCCUGAGUUAAGAUGCUAUGUGGGAGGGUUGUUCCUUGAUACGUCACUGCCAAAUCUACUGUGGUAGCGCUUUGUAAUUCUAGCAAUAACUGAAAGUCACACGGGGUUUCGGCGUCCCAUGUUAUUUAUAGCUCGCAGAACAGUUUGUGUAAACUAUGUGCUUUAAACCAGAUUAGUCACCAGAUGCCAUCUGUAAUGUCAGACUGAAGGGCAAACGGCAAAGACACACGGUCUGAGGAACAAAGUGUCAUAUGAGCUGUCUAGUGGGAGGGUUCAAGAAUUAUACUGUAUUAUCUGGAAAUCUGACACAUAGCAUCUUUCACAGUGUCCUUAAGGAGUACGUUCAGCUGUGGGUGGGACCACGUUUACCAAAAACAGAUGCUAUCGUUAGUGUGAGGAGACAACUCAGUUUUAAGACAGCAGGGUCAAGCUGUUCAAAAAUCUGGAGGUUACUGAUGAAAACCAGCUUUCUGCGUCGCUCUGUUCAGAAAAAUGAUAAAUACCCUCAGUAAUUCUCAUGCAAAGCAACAGCACAUCACCCUUGUGUGUGUGUGGUGCGUCUGUGAUUCAAACUCCCCUGUCCUUGUCCUUGGCCCACAGUCCCCUGCAGACUUUCUGGUUUUGUUAAAUGUCGACUGACGCAUUUGGUUGAUGAAAAAUAUGAUGGAGGGAUGUAAAUAAAGGAAUGUAUUGAAAGAGA